AGCAUAUGAUAGCAUUCAUUAUCACACUACAAAGGACACUUCAUCGUGGGUUUGGAGAGAUGUUAUGCAUUACAAAGCUACCAAAGAAUGGAAAUGAUAGGUGUUUGUGUUAUUAUUGGAGCUUUUUUAGGGUUUUAUUUGUUUGUGAGGAAACUCAAUGAAAUAUGGUAUUAGUUUAAGUUGGAAAGAAAAGUUUUAAAAUCUUUUGCUCCUGGUGACUUGGGAUGGCCUUUUGUUGGCUCUUCAUUGUCCUUUUACAAAGGAUUUAGACUUGACGUGAUCCAUACUCUUUUAUUCAUACUCUUCUUUUAAGAAAUGGAAGAGCAGGAAUGUAUAAAAGUCACUUUUAUGGAAUGCCGACAAUCAUUGUAACAAAUCUAGAGAUAUGUCGAUGCAUAUACUUAGACGAUGAAAGGUUGGAACCACAUUAUCCAAAGUCAGUGCAAAUAUUAGAAGGAAAUGGUGAUUUCUGAAAGAUUGAUCACAAAAGUAGAUAUAAAAUAAUGGCAUCUCCUAUGAAUGGGUAUGAGGUAUUGACUAAAUAUGUGGAUUUCAUUGAGCAAAUAGUGGAAAAGGGGUUGGAGGAAUGGAGUAGCAUGAGAAGAGAGCCAAUUGAAUUGUUGGAUGAGAUUGGAAGUCUAUUUUUCAAAGUAAUUUUACAUAUUUUCUUGGGGAUUGAUGAAAUUAAUGGUCAUACCAUGGCUGAGCUUCACACAUUGUACAAAGAAUUGGGUCUUCUAAUUAUGUCCAUUUUUCCUUAUGACUUGCCUGGAUUCACUUAUCAUCAAGCACUCAAGAAUUAUAGAGUUGGAGUUGGAAGUAGGUUUUGUGGUGGAAGUGAAAUUGCAAAGUUUGAGAUUACAAAUGAUGAAGUCCUCAAUUACAAGUAAGUAUGGAUAGUGAUUGAUUGAAAAAAAUUAAAAAAAAAAAAAAAAAAAAAA